CAUGCAUUUCGGGCGUAGCAGAAACUUAACGUCGACCCUCUUGAUUGGCGGCAUUCUUCUGAUGGCUCUGGUUUUGGUCCAAAGUAAGGAUACGAGUUCCCAGGAUGCACCGCAUAUACGACACAAGCGCGGAAUCUUCUGGGACUUCUUCCAGAAGAUGGUCAUCACCAAGAAUCUCAUAGUGGAUCAAUAUACAGACACCCGCAAUACCCUGAAUGAUAUCUACAAUACUGUCAAUGAACAAUUCAGCGAUCCAGGUCCCGCAAAACCCACCAAUCGGCCCAGGGUGACAACAGAGAAAACUUCUAUUAGUGGAGAGGAAAGUGGUAGUAACAGCGAGGAGCCCACAACCACGGAGGCUUUCCAGAUCUCUCGCUAUGAACUGGGUCGCAUUCUGGGCAGGAACUUCCGGGGUCUUCAAAAGUUGGCCAUGAGUGAGUUCAGCACGGCCCUGAACGCCACCAAGUACAAUCUGGUUGAGUACAAAUCCGAGGCGGAUAAACAGUUUGCCAACAGUUUGGCCGUGGAGAAGAAAAACAAGCUGAAGAGUCUCAAGGGCUGAGCCACGCCACGCCCCCUUUUCCCAGUGCCUGAUGAUAGUUAUCUCUGUGAUAGGCUGAUGACUGCAUAUCCCCCGCAUUUCCUUUUUUUUUUUUUGCUUAUUUAUUUGUUGGCAUCCCAGCAACUAUAUGGAAUAAAAGGCGGAUGUGGAUGCGGUUGGGGAAGUGUCCCCAAACGCAUACGGAUUCGUGUCUACGACUAUUGUGUGUCAAAUUAAAAA